AGCGAGAAAUUCCAAAGUAUUGAAGAAAAAUCUUGAUGAGGGAGACCAAGAUGCUCUCGGAGAAAUCCGUAAGACAGUGCUGGGACUAGUUGCACCCGCAGAACUGGUAUGUUUAUACAUAAACCACAUAAUAUCAGUAAAAUAAUAUUACAUCCCUACAUAUUUUUUGUGACUGACACAAGAUGUAAUUCUCAAAAGAAAAGGCAAAACCAUAUUGUCUUAUGGGCUUGAUCAUUUUAAAAGGCCCAAUAGAAAGUUAGCCCAUAAUAUAAACAAUACUCUUCCAUCGCCGGAGAGAGAUAGAAUUAGGGUUUCGGUGAUGCUGCGUUUACUCAGAACCUUCUCCUCCUGGAGGAGCAUUUCCAUGAACAAUACUCUUCCAAAUUCGAGUCUAGCGUCCUCUAUCUCCUCCGCUCCCACUCCCACUCCUCCUCAGAAACGAACCAUUCUAGCCAAUCUUAAGUCAACAACUGAUUCAUGUGAUGAUGUUCUGAGAAAGAUAGAGAAGGAGGGAGGGUUUCAGAUAUCUAGACCUGAUCUUAAUCGCUGGAUUGCUCUAUUUGAAAAACGAGGUCAGAUCCAGAAAUCUAUAGAGAUCGACUCCUUCAAGGAGUGGAAGUACAUUGGUUUGAUGAAAACCUACAAACCUUGCUUUGGAAGAACCAACGUUGGAGAUCCUCUUCCAACUUCGAGUCUCGCCUCAUCUAACUCCUCCACGAGCAGUUCCACCGAUGCCAAUUUCUUUGGCAAAGACUCUCUGAAAAACGCAGGGGCCAUCAUCGCUCCUUCCUCUGUGAAUCUCACUACAUACAAAGGAGGUUUGUUUGGGAGUGGAGUUGUGUUUAGCGAACAAGGCUUGAUCAUUACAACUGCUCAUACUGUUGUUGAUGUGGAAAAGUUACAAGUCAGUCGUGUGUAUCAUGCGCAGAUAAAGGAGAAAGAUGGGUCCUAAAAGAAUUAGAAGAGAGAUGGGAGGUGCUGAAAAAGAAAGAUUAAAGAAAAGACAAGAAGCAUUAAUAAAAUCUCAAGCCAAUUCAAUGUUAAGGUACGUUACAAUAACUGAAACUCCUAAACUUGAUGAGGUUUUAGAAGAUGAGACUAUAGAAGAUGUGGAGGAUGAUAUUAUACACACUGAUGAGGACGAAGAGAAUUUGGAUAUGACUCAGAACAUGAAUAAUAAUAAGAGUGAUGGUGGUGGUGGUAGUGAAAGCAAAAGAGAGACUGGGAAUAAGGACGAAGAAGAGAAAAUGGAUGGUGUUAAAGAAUAUCAGAUAAGUGGAGAUGUCGAUGAUCCUGGAAACUGGAAAAAAGUUGAUAACAGAAUGAGAGAUUUUCUUGUUGAGAAAGGUCCAACAAUGCGGCUACCAAUUGAUUAUCAUUUUCCAAGAGAUCAUGUUGGUAGAUGUUUUUCUCAUUCUUCUUAUACAAGAGAAAUAAGAAAUGGAGAGAAGCAAGAUAGACAAUGGUUAGUUUACUCCAAAGUAAAAGAUAAGUUCUUUUGUUUCUGUUGUAAACUGUUCACCCAAGACAGAAAUGCUAGUCAGAUUGCAACCAGUGGAUACAAUGAUUGGAGAAAUCUUUCAAAAAUGCUAAAGGAGCAUGAAAAAAGUCAUAAGCAUAUCAUAUGCAUGACUCAAUGGAUAGAGCUAGAAGUGAGACUAAAGACGAAUCAGACCAUUGACAAACAUAUUCAAGAAGAGGUUAACAAAGAGAAACAAUACUGGAGAGAUGUAUUGUUGAGGAUAGUUGCACUGGUGAAAGGCCUUGCUAAACAGAAUAUGGCAUUUCGUGGAAGGAGUGAUAAGAUUCGUGUUGCUGGCAAUGGAAAUUUCUUGGGUAUGAUUGAAGUAUUUGCAGAUUUUGAUGAAGUGAUGAAAGAGCACAUUAGACGAAUUGAAACACAUGAAACUCGUUAUCAUUAUCUGAGUUACAAAAUUCAGAAUGAGUUGAUAGAGAUGCUUGGGAGUGAGAUCAAAAAAAUGAUCUUAAAGAAGAUCCGUUGUGCAAAAUACUAUUCAGUUAUUCUUGAUUGUACUCCUGAUAUCAGCAACACAGAACAGAUGUCCCUGGUCAUCCGAUGUGUAGAUAUUUCUGAGACCUCACCAAAGAUCGAAGAGUUCUUUUUGACAUUUUUGGUAACUAAAGACAAAACUGGUGAAGGUCUUUUUGGCACCCUUCAGGAUGUAUUGGCUGAUUUGGGAUUGAGUAUUGAUGACAUUAGAGGGCAAGGCUAUGAUAAUGGGUCAAACAUGAAAGGUAAACAUAAAGGAGUACAAAAGAGAUUGCUGGAAAUUAAUCCACGAGCAGUUUACACACCGUGUGGUUGCCAUAGUUUGAAUCUUGCGCUUUCAGAUAUUGCUUGCUCGUCAGACAUAGCAGUAUUAUUUUUUGGUGUUGUUCAACGCAUCUACUGUUUGUUUUCCUCUUCAACAAAUAAUUGUGAUAUUUUUAAGGAGAUUGUGAAUGGUAUUACAGUUAAGCCAUUUUCACAAACUCGUUGGGAGAGUCGCAUCAACAGUAUCAAAGCAAUACGGUUUCAAGCUCCUAAGAUACGAGAAGCACUGUUUUACUUGGCAGAUAAUAGUGACAAUCCGAAAACAAGAAGUGAGGCUGAGUCUCUUGCCAUGAGUGAUACCCACAGAAUUGGAAACUUUGAGUUUGUGUUUGGAAUGAUUAUUUGGUAUGAGCUUUUGUUUGUUGUUAACAAAGUAAGCAAGAUCCUGCAGUCAGAAGAUAUGGAUAUUGAUAUUGCUAUUGCUCAAGUGAAAGGACUUGUUUCUUUUUUUAAGGAUUAUAGAGAAACAGGCUUUCAAAAAGCCAAGAGAGAAGCUGAAAGGAUUGCUACUGAAAUGGAAAUUGAUCCUAUGUUCUCUAAAAAAGCAAAACGUCCUACUAAAAGAAAACAGUUUUAUGGGGAAGAGCCAGAUAAAGUUGGAGAAGUUGUGGUGCUAACACCUGAAGAAGAUUUUAGGAUCAACUACUUCAUCAAAAUUGUGGAUCAAGGUUUGGUUUCUCUGGAGACAAGGUUUGAUCAACUUCAAGGUUAUGAAAAGACUUUUGGAUUCUUAUUCGACUUCAAAAAACUGAAGCUAGCUGAAGAUGACAAGCUGAUGGUUUCUUGUGCUAACCUUGAAGUUUUUCUGAAGCAUGGUAAUUGUUCUGAUAUUGAUGGUGAUGAUUUGUUUUUGGAGCUGAAGCUUUUGAGAGGGGGUUUGCCUGAAGGUAUUACGAAGGCUGCUGGAAUAUUGGAGUUUUUGAAAAGGAGGGAAAGUUGUUAUCCAAACACAUGGACAGCAUAUCGUAUAAUGAUGACAAUUCCUGUUUCCGUUGCCUCAGCAGAGAGAAGUUUUUCAAAGCUGAAACUCAUAAAAUCGUAUCUACGGUCGAGUAUGUCACAAGAGAGGCUUAAUGGAUUGUCAAUGUUAUCAAUUGAAAGGGAUAUGGCUGAAAAGCUUGAUUAAACAAACUUGAUGAAUGAGUUUACAGGAAGAAAUGCAAGAAGAAUCAUAUUUCAGCAGUAAUGUAUUGGUUUUCAUGUUUUUAAAUGUUUUUGUUUAACACUUUUUAUUUAGUUGUUUAAAAACAAUCAGUUGAAAUUUUUUUUUUGAACCA